GAUGAGAUUUUUAUAUGCUAGUUGGGUUCGAUUUGUGUUCAAUUUUAGCUACUGUUUUGAUUUCCUCUAUUGGUGGUGAUAAUGAGUUCGAAUCGUUGUCUCUCUGCUUGGUGCUUCAUGGAUAUUGAAAAAAAUUUAGAAGUGAGGAAUAUGAGCAUGAACGAUGAUGAACUUGGGACUAUGGAAACCUAAAUAUUUCUCAGCUUCUUAUGAUGGAAGACGAAAUUUUUAUUUCUUUAGAGAGGAUCAUUUGAAAGCUUAGUAGCAGUAAUUGUGCCUAGGUCAGAAAUCAAAAGACAAACAAACAAUGAUGAUUUCAGAGCUUCCACGAGAUUUGGAAGCAGAAAUACUCUCAUGGGUUCCGGCUAGAUAUCUACAAAAACUGAAACCUACUUGCAAGCGGUGGUACACUUUGUUCAAAGACCCAGGAUUCCUUAAGAAGAACUUGGCAAGAUUAGAAAGAGAGUUGCUGUCUCUGAUGAAUUACAAACUUUGUUCAAUUAGUGUCAAUCUCCCUGGCAUCCACAACAGUGUUGAUCCAUUCGUUGACUUCUCAGGUAUACUUAACAGUAAGAAGGAUCCAGAAGAUGUCAAAAUAUUUGAUAUCUCUCAGUGCAACGGUGUAUUACUGUGCACCACUAAGGACAUGAGACUUAUUGUUUGGAACCCGUCAACCGGUCAAAUGAGGUGGAUCCCAUGCAGAUCCAGCAGUCCGUACUCACUGGUCCAUAAGUAUGCGUUAGGAUACGAAAACAACAAUGAAUCUUGCUAUAGCUACAGGAUCUUGAGGUAUCAUCAGUCGUAUGGAAACUUAGGGGAUGAGUUUGGAAUCUAUGAGUUUAAUUCUGAUUCAUGGAGGAGUUUUUAUGACUUCUCACCUAAUUGUUCCUUACAAUCUAAGGGCGUGACAUUGAAGGGAAAUACUUACUGGUUUGCUUCAGAUGUACAAGACCCCUUUGUUAAUUUCGUACUCAGGUUUGAUUUCACAACCAAAAGAUUUGGACGCCUCUCUCUUCCUUUUCAGAGUGAUGAUGUUGAUGGUGUUGUGGAGACUGUGGUUCUAUCAGUUGUUAGGGAAGAGAAACUUGCGUUGUUAUAUGAGAGGUUUGAUGAUGAUACAGAUGGAUCAGAGAUGAAGAUAUGGGUCACCAAUACAAAAAUUGAGGAAGCCAAAGACUUGUCGUGGAGCGAUUUCUUGGUAGUGGAUUUCAGUAAAUUAAUGAUAACAGGGAUGACAAAUGUGAGGAGUUUUUUGGUGGAUGAGGAGAAAAAAAUGGUCAUGUUUUGUGAUACAGACACCAAUGAUCAAUACAUGACAAGAGUUUUCAUUGUCGGAGAGGAUAUAUACCAAGAAGUUUAUAACGAGACUGCUAUAGGGGAAUCAUUUUGCUAUUGGCCACGUCUCAUCAGUUAUGCUCCAAGUCUGGUUCAAAUUCAGCAAGGUCAAGUGAAUCCCGGAUGUAAAAGAAAAAGGUGAUUAGAUCACUAGGGUUCAUUUGUCUCUGUUUAGUUAAGUAACUGUAUGUAGUAGCUGAACCUUCCUUUGUUUAUCUUUUUAGUCCUCUUUUGCUUUUGAAACACUAGGUUUUGGUGAUCUUUACUCAAAUCCAUUGUCUAUGAGAGGUUGGUUUAGUCACUAACUCACUAUAACAUCAAAAGAUCAAUCCUGGUAUGGUUUUUCAUAGAA